CCAUUGCCCUCAUGUGACCCGACAUAUUACCUCACAUCAAAAUGAUGGCGACGGACGGAAUCCCUUUCUACGCAUAAAACAGUGCAAAUAAAUUACUCGGUAAAUCAAGAAAUUCUGCGGCAAGGAAGACAGCAAAUUUGACAGAAUGAAGAAGAAGGUACUACUGAUGGGUAAGAGUGGGUCUGGUAAGACCAGCAUGAGGUCCAUUAUCUUUGCCAACUAUAUCGCCCGGGACACCCGCAGGUUAGGGGCUACAAUCGACGUUGAGCAUUCUCACGUCAGAUUUCUAGGCAACCUCGUCUUAAACCUCUGGGACUGCGGCGGCCAAGAGGCGUUCAUGGAGAACUACUUUGCCAGCCAGCGGGACAACAUCUUCCGCAACGUGGAGGUCCUGAUCUACGUCUUUGACGUGGAGAGCCGGGAGCUGGACAAGGACAUGCACUACUACCAGUCCUGCCUGGAGGCCAUCCUGCAGAACUCUCCCGAGGCUAAGAUCUUCUGUCUCAUCCACAAGAUGGAUCUGGUUCAAGAGGAUGAGAGGGAAUUAAUUUUCCAUGAGCGAGAGGAGGACCUGAAGCGUCUGUCCAAGCCCCUCUCCUGCACCUGUUUCCGUACCUCCAUCUGGGACGAGACCCUCUACAAGGCCUGGUCCUCCAUUGUCUAUCUCCUCAUUCCCAACGUGCAGCAACUCGAGUCCAAUCUCCAGCAGUUUGCAGAGAUCAUUGACGCCGAUGAGGUCCUACUAUUCGAAAGGGCUACAUUUUUGGUAAUCUCACACUGUCAGAGGAAGUCACAGAGGGACGUUCACCGAUUUGAGAAGAUAAGCAAUAUCAUCAAGCAAUUCAAACUUAGCUGCAGUAAACUUGCAGCGUCGUUUCAGAGUAUGGAGGUGAAGAAUUCGGCAUUUGCGGCAUUCAUCGAUGUGUUUACAUCAAAUACAUACGUGAUGGUGAUCAUGUCAGACCCAUCAAUACCUUCAGCUGCAACUCUGAUCAACAUCAAGAAUGCCAGGAAACACUUUGAGAAGCUGGAAAAAAUAACAGACAAUCCUAUGGUCACUUAAAAACAAACUUGCUUACUAAAAUGUUAUCUUAGCCUAGCGUUCACCUGUCACGUGGAGUAAGACCGUAUCCAAAUUACUUGCCUAUGGCUUGACAUUACACACGCGUCUAUGGUAGAGGCUACAGCCACUUCUCAUAGACUCGUGUGUAAUUUCAAGCCGUAGCCAAGUAAUAAGGACACAGCCAAAAUGCCAUGGAGCUGCUCAGAACGUAAAUUUUAUUAGCACGGAAAAUAAUUGCUUAGCAAAACCAGGUUACCAGCCAAAAUAUAAUGCAAUGUUUAUUGCUAUUGACUGGUCCUCAGCUUAUUUAUGCUUAGCAUGUAAAUCUGCUAAGCAAUACUUCCUGCUUAGCAAAACCAGGUUACCAGCCAAACUAUAAUGCAAUGUUUAUUGCUAUUGGCUGGUACUCAGCUUAUUUAUGCUUAGCAUGUAAAUCUGCUAAGCUUUACUUCCUGCUUAGCAAAACCAGGUUACCAGCCAAACUAUAAUGCAAUGUUUAUUGCUAUUGACUGGUACUCAGCUUAUUUAUGCUUAGCAUGUAAAUCUGCUAAGUUAUACUUCAUGCUUAGCAAAACCAGGUUACCAGCCAAACUGUAAUGCAAUGUAUAUUGCUGGUGACUGGUACUCAGCUUAUUUAUGCUUAGCAUGUAAAUCUGCUAAGCUUUCUGCUUAGCAGGGCCGUGAAAUGUGUCAAUUGUCAUAACAGAUUUUCUUCAGGGUUAGGCUCCAUCCGAAUCAGCUGUCUAGAGCUAGGUCUACGUCUGCGUCCAUUGAAAAUAUGCGGGGACGCGCUGACAAUAGACGUAGCCGUAGCUCUGGAAGCCUGUUUCAGACACGGCCUUACAGUCCUAUCAGGCAUGCAACUUUUCCUCGGAUCCGCUGAUUUCCUUGUUUUCUUACUUCUCAUAAAUGCCAUUACAAAUGUAAAAAUACUUUUCAAAGUCUUGUGUGGUUUUGGAGUUGCCUUGUUUUUUUCUUCUAAAUUCCCAGUUGCAUGCUUGUCAUAUGGUCAGUGUAGGUUAUCACUCUUUGCAAAAAGCAACCUGGGAUCCUCCGUUUACCUCAUUAAAUAGUCAGUUUUGGUAAACAUCUUAGGAAUACUACACAACUAGGAGUGUCUAUACAGCGAUAAACACUACAUUCUAUGACAUUUACUUUUGAAAGUUUCGUUUACAAUCAGGCUUGUACAUAGAGGUAACAACUUUACAGAUAUGGACCAUUUUGUGUGUGACUUUUUUGAUCAAAUGGGGGGGGGUUUCAAAGUUGAACACCCUUGUAAUUGUAAACAGUGAUAUCAUUUUUAACAUUAAACCAAUAGUGCAGACAUGAGAA